AUGCUAGUCAAUGAUGUUAUCGAGAUUGUCAUACAAGAUGCCCAUCAUCUCUCUAUGGCUGUAAAAGAAGAUUUUAUGCCACUGCAGGGUCACAACCUCAGUAAUUUAGUUGGUAUCGUUGAGAGAAACGUGAACAACAACUUUAGAAACUCAAUGUCUAAGCCAUAUUUUUCCUUUCCCUUCUGUGCUGGAGCACCUGGAAUCAGUAAAACUCAGAUGGGCCAGGAACUAUUCAAAUGCAUUAAAGAAGUUUGGGUCCCCCCUCAUUGGCAAAAACUGAUGGUGCAUUUUGAAUACAUUCAUAUGGACUUUGGUAAUGGAAUCCAGCUUGACACAUAUGACAUGGAUCUAUCUGCAACAAUCAUCAUUGGGUUAUGGAUCACUUAUGUUUUCUUUAUCAAAGGCAAAUACGAUAUGCAAUUUUUUCAGCUUGUCGACCAGUGGGACAGAGAAAUUGUUAAUAAUAGGAAGCUGGCUAAAGAUCUUUUUAAGAACAUGAUCAACAAUCUUGCACCAUUCUUGUAUGGUCUACCUACUACCACCUUUGUCCAAACAUUCCUCUCAGGGAUGGCACCCCAAGUUGUUAUAGCAGCCAAAGAAACAUCAAGAGUCUUAUUUGAUUUUGUCCUGUGUCCACAACUCUUAUUCCAAGAAAUGAUCAAGAUUGUGGAUCAUUAUUCAGAGAGAUUUGGUGCAAGAAAACUUGCCAGUAGCAAUAUAUAUGAAUGGAUGCUGUGUCAACCAUUUCUUCAACUCUUAGAAGAUACUGGAGGAUUGCCUCACACACUUGAACUUUUAUUUCAAGAAUGUUUUGAGCUCACAGGCAGUGGAGAAAAUUUCUUUCAUAGCAUUCAUGAGCAACAUUUUAACACUAUUUUUGGGAAUAUCAAGUCUGUUCUCCAAACCCAUUACAAGAUCUACCAAACUGUCAGCCAUAAUCAG